CACAAUCAGAGGGAAAUAAAACAUGCAAUCACUGUUAGACUGAUCUUUAGUGCGCUUUGCAAAGUGACAUGAAAUUUGUUCCAGUUGCUUCGGAGACUGAAAUUUUCAGUGAAAUCACAGCGAAUCAGAAAUCUUUUUUUACCUUUCUUUUAGCUCCAUCUGAUGUCACUUUGCUUGAACUAUUUUAACCAAAAAUUAUUUCUUAUAAUUGAAAGCAGCUCUUAUUGCUGUUUAACUUAUUGGAGGAUCAACUGAUAUUUGCGUGUUUUUAACAACUUGUGUACCUUUAUAUCAUUAACAUCAUUUUAACAGAACACUGAAACAUUUUGAACAGUAAACCUACUCAAAAAUAUUGACGGGAGCAACUCUCAUGUUUGUUGACUCUCUUGCUCAGUUGAUUGAUCUCCAGAUUUCUGGUUUUUCAUUUUUUUGUCGCCAUCAACAAUUGUGAUUUACUAAUUGUAAAGGUUGCCUUUUCUUGUUAUAUUAUUCACCUAACUCAUCAAUCUUAUUGCUAAUCUUGUUCAUCUAUUAUUUUAAGAUUUAUUUUUGAUUUUGAUUUUUUUAAGUUUUUGCAUGAUGUUUAACCAAGUGCAAUUAAACUCUGAACAAAUUGAUUAUGAUGUUCCUCCAUCAACCUGUGGUUAUCCUAUUUAUUUCAGUCUUUGUGUUGAUGGUCGAUUCGAUAAACCUAAUGAUUCAAUAUUAUCAUUAAAAUCGUCUUCCUCGACUCUGCCAAAUCAAAAUUCAAGAUACGGUUACAAUAAUAGUGAGAUAAAUCGAUACAAUACAUUGACUUUAGGGUCAAAUGAGGAAAACAAUAAUUCAAAGCAAAAUGUUUUAAUACCAAAUCGUGAAUACAACUUCACCGAAUUACUUAGAUUAUCCGAGCAGCCAGAUAUGUCUAACUCAACAGAAGUCUAUGAUGUCCCUCAACCUCAUAAUCGAUAUACCCAUUGUUCAACAAUAUCUUCGAACACCAAUCCGGUUAUACAACCAUCUUCUAAACCAAGUGAUAUCUAUCCAGCUAAGUUAGUAAUUACAAACUCAUCUAAUUAUUGUGCCCCUUUCAGUGAUAAUUUCACAAAAGAAAAUUGUUUAUCAUCACAAAGUGAAAACAAUGAUCCAUCACGACCCACAUUGACUCGGAUUAAUUGUUCACCCUUACCAUCUCGACAUAUUGGUCAGUUUGGAUCAACAACAUCUCUACCGUCACCUAUUUCUAAUGUACCAAGCCUUGAAACCUCUUCUGUUUCUUAUUCAAGCUGUGAUAAUAAUAAUUCAAACCGAUCUAGUUUACUUGGUCAAUCAUCUCUUGAAAUAUAUGAUGUACCUCCGAUUAGAGACUUUCCACAUCAAACUGACCAGGACAAUGGAUGUUGUUCCAGCUGUGGUUCUUCAACUUUGAAUGGUUUAGCCUCUGGUUCUCUAAGAAAAAUAGGUCAUACUGUCGAUAAUCUGAAUUCGAGUCAUGAUGCACAAAUUUCUACAUCUUCGUCUAUCGAUGAUGAUAAUCAAGUCAUUUAUGAUGUGCCCAAAAGAAGUUUAAGUUGGAAUAAUAAACAUAUCUCUUCAUCUCAAGCUAUAAACCCAGUUAAAGCCAUUACUGCCACUACUCGAUCUUAUCCUUGUUACAAUAAUUCCUCUUCCGUACAAGACAUUGAUUCUCUUGGACUUGAUUUAAACCUUGACAGUGGUCUCACCCUAGCAAAUAGAUUGGAAAAUGAAUCUCUUCAGGCAAUCAACAAACUUAUCGAAUUAAGUUCAAAAGAUUCUUGGAGAAAACUUGAAAAUCUUAGACCAGUUUUGGAUGAGCUGAUGAAAUGUUGCUCUCAAUUGCGAUUUGUUACCCGAGAGUUAGAAGUUUUCACUGAUGGUCUUUAUGUAAAUUCAUUGAAAAACUCUAGUUCAUCAAUUAAUAACAAACUUUAUCGAUUAUCCAGACAAUUGAAAGAUUCAGCCCACAUAGUCAUUUCCACCAUUCAAAGUCUUAACUCACGAGGUUGGAAUUUAAAUGAAUUGACAGAAUUAAAGAAAACAUCGCAUGAUGAACUCGAUCAGUUGAUUGCCUGCAUGCCCGGACUCAAAGAGGAUAUUAAACACAUAAUGUCGAUAGUGAAAUCUUGUGGAAACCUGUUGUUUCCUGAAAAAGUUAAUAAACAACCUACACUUAACAAGAUUAAUAAGAGCAACAUCACUUUGUCUAACAAUGGACCAGUUUCAAGCUGCAAAUCUAAAUUUGAAUCAGUGGAGACCCUGCCAAAUAAACCACUUCCUCCUCCAGUUCCUCCAAAGCCAUUGAUAAAUAAGAGACUAUUGCCCUUGGCUCCUAAAGAUAACCAUGCUACAAGUAGGAAUAAGGUUGAUUCAAAUCUUGGCAAGUCAUUUCUAUCUGGUGAAACUAGAACAUCAAAAGCUAAAGAAGAUGGAAUAGGAAAUUAUGAUAAUGAUGACAAUGAUGAAGACUAUGCAAGUCUUGAGACAAGAGACAAAAUGAUGUUUGGCGAGAAUAAAUCAUGCAACGAUCUUUACACAGAACUAAUAGAUUGUAAAGAUGAAAAAGAAUCCGAUUUAGGUCAAGAUGAAUUAAUAGAUUUAUCAACUGAUCAAUUAUUGUCAUUUUACUGCCCUUUACUGGAGGAAAACAAUCAAAAUUUAAGAAACGCUGUAAAUGCUUUAAUUUCAGCCAUCAACACCAAACAAUUGCCUAAAGUACUUAUCAAUUUAUCAAAAUUGGUAGUUAUUGCUGGUCAACAAAUGAUUUUUAUUGGAGAUACAAUUAGCAGAAAUGUUUCGGGGGAAAUACGCUGUUAUGUUGCAAAAUGUUCUAAUGCACUGUGUGAUUCCCUCAAGAAUCUGUUAAAUAAUACAAAAAAGGCCGCUAACUUAUUUCCAUCAGCACCAGCGCUUCAAGAUCUUUUAGAUUCAAUCGUCCAAGUUUCAAUUCAUUCUGACCAACUUACUCUUCUGAAAGAUCAAUUGCGAUAAAAUACUUAAAAGACAAAAACUGAAUAUCAUUAAAAAACUUAUUGUUUUUGCAUAUUAUUAUUAUAACAAUCAAAUGAAUUAAAACAUGACCAUUAUUAUUAACGAAAA